AUUGAUAAAAGGGGCAACUAUUUUUGCGACGCACGAAUUUUCGACAUCCUCCUCCUUUCCCUUCGUAUUGGGAACUCGGGAAGCCCGGAGCCGCAAUGGCUUCCAUCCCUCAUUCCGCCUGCGCUUUCCCUGCUACCCAGCUCAAGUUUUCGUCGUACCAAACCCAUCUGCUCUUCUUCCGCAGCAGAAGUUCCAAUUCCUUGUGUUCGGCGCAAGCCUCUCCUGCUGACCAAAAUCCUGAACAAGAACAGCCGCCCCCAGAGGCGGUGAAGCUUGCCUUCUCCAAAGCCAAAGCCUACAAGAAAGCCAAAAAGCCUACUCCAACUGUGGAAUCCGACCUCUCCCCUAGACUUAGUGAUACUGAGUUAGCCGAUGAAGCUGCCGCUGAAUCUCCUCCAGAAAUCCCCACCGCAGUUAAGCUCGCGAUGGAGCGAGCUAAGAAAUACAAAAAGAACAAAGCAGGUGCUACAAUGGAGUCUGAUCAAAAAAAGAUGAAACUGCCAGAUUCAAGGAAGGGCAUUGAAGAGAAAAGCACAUCAAAAAAGAGUAAUCUGAAAGUAUCUCGUAUUGAUUUUUUGGGGCUUGAUUUUGCGGAGAAGAAAGCAUAUAGAGGAAUGCCACCUGGCUUGACUCCAACUGUAGAACCACUUGUGGAUGGAGAUUUCCCUGAGGUGGAACUUAUUGUUGGGGAUCCUAGCAAGUUUGAGACUGCCAGGCCAUUAGAAACAGUUAAUCAAGAGAAGAAUGAUGAUAACACAGUAUGUUAUAAGCCCAAGGUUUCUACAUGGGGAGUUUUUCCAAGACCAAACAACAUUUCUAAAACGUUUGGCGGAGGAAGAAAUAUCCAACCUGGUGAGAUGCUUGAAACUUCAGAAAAUAAAGUAGCUAAACAAAAGCACACUCAGGAGCUGUUAGCAGCCUACAAAAGUAAGAUGGGAUUGACAAUUGAUUAUAAAAAAAGAGUCGAGUGUGAGAAGGCUUUGAUGGAAGGCAAUAGAUUCAUGGAUCUCGGAAGGCUACGAGAAGCAUUACCAUUCUAUGAAAAGAUUAUGAAGAAUUUGGUAUUUCAGAGUGAACUUCAUGGACAAGCUGCUUUACAAUGGUCUAUCUGUCAAGAUUCACUUAGUAGGCCAGAAGAUGCUAGAGCAAUGUAUGAGAGGCUUCAAUCUCAUCCAAAUGCUCUAGUGAGGAAGAGGGCAAAGCACUUCGCAUUUAGUUUUCAGGCUAUGGAAGUGAUGAAAGUAUCAAGGUCAUCAGCCUUCCCAAGGGAAACAGGGUACGAGUCAUACUUCGAUGCAUUCGUGGAUGGUAAAGACAAUUAUAUUCACAACAAGGAUGAAGAAGAUGAUAGUGCAGUAAAAGAAGGCCUCCCUUAUAUUUUGUUCCUUUUGUCUCCAAUUGUCUUUAUAUUUUUUCUUGCAGCAAGGAAAGCAUUUGGAUUCUAAGAGAAGUUUCUUGUUGUACAGAUUUGGAGCAUUCUCAUAGGUUCAUCUUUAAGAUCUUUUCGAACAAUACAAGACAUCUGUAACUGAUCUCCAUUCGUAUCUAUUUUAAAUGACAAGACACAAGGUUCAGUUUCCCGAA